AUGAACGAUGUAGUAAUGGCAUUUCACUGGCAAUCAAAAGUAAAUAUUCAACAUGUCGGCGUGGAUGAUAUGGUAUUACUUAAUAAACUUAAUGAACAAUCAGUCGUCGAUAAUAUGCGAAAACGCUUUAUGGCUAAUUCUAUUUUUACAUACAUUGGGCCAGUACUUAUAGCAGUUAAUCCAUUCAAAGAUAUGCCAUAUUUUACAAAUAAAGAAAUAGAAUUAUAUCAGGGAGCAGCGCAGUAUGAAAACCCACCGCAUAUUUAUGCCGUUGCUGAUAAUAUGUUUAGGAAUAUGAUAAUAGAUAACGAAAGUCAAUGUGUUAUAAUAAGCGGUGAAAGUGGUGCUGGAAAAACGGUUGAAGCUAAAUAUAUUAUGGGAUAUAUUGCUCGAAUAUCCGGUGGUAGACAGCGACUUCAGCACGUGAAAGACGUCAUUUUGCAAUCAAAUCCAUUGUUGGAAUCAUUCGGUAAUAGCGCCACUGUUAGAAAUUGGAAUUCUAGUCGUUUUGGUAAAUAUGUUGAAAUUGUAUUCAGUCGAGGCGGUGAACCAAUUGGCGGAAAGGUAUCAAAUUUUUUACUCGAGAAAUCUCGAGUAGUUCAUCAGAACCAGGGAGAGCGUAAUUUUCAUAUAUUUUAUCAACUAUGCGCUGGAGCAGACGAAAAGUUAAAAAAUAAUCUGGGUAUCACAGCAUUGGAUUAUUACAGUUAUCUGAAUCAUAGUGGUUGCUAUAAAAUUGAUGGAACUGAUGAUGCUAAAGGAUUUAAAGAAAUUCUCCAUGCAAUGGAUAUUAUUGGUAUUGAAACAACAAAACAAAUGGAGAUUUUACAACUUGUUGCAGCCAUUAUGCAUAUUGGUAAUAUCACAUUUGUUGAAAGUAAUAAUUUUGCAGCUAUCGCUGAUGAACGUUUUCUAGAAUUCCCAGCUUAUUUACUUGGCUUAAAAUCAUCAGCAAUACGUGAAAAAUUAACAAGUCGACAAAUGGAAAGUAAAUGGGGUAAACAACGUGAGCAAAUUAAUGUAUCAUUAAAUGUUGAACAAGCGGAAUUUACACGUGAUGCAUGGUCAAAAGAUUUAUACAUACGUCUAUUUCAAUUUUUAAUUGCAUCUGUUAAUGAAGGAAUGAAGAUUUCUUCACGAUUAUCCGGAAAACCGUUAUCAAUUGGUAUUCUUGAUAUAUAUGGUUUUGAAAUAUUUGAUAAUAAUGGUUUCGAACAAUUUUGCAUAAAUUUUGUAAAUGAGAAAUUGCAACAAAUAUUUAUUGAAUUAACAUUGAAAGCGGAACAAGAAGAAUAUAUUAGCGAAGGAAUUUUAUGGACACCAAUUGAAUAUUUCAACAAUAAAAUUGUUUGUGAUUUAUUUGAAUCACGAAAACCACCAGGAAUAAUGUGUAUUUUGGAUGACAUAUGCUCACAAAUUCAUGCACAAAAUGAAGGUGCUGAUGGUCAAUUUUUGAUUGAAUUAAAUAAAUAUAUGUCGCAAAAUGAGCACUAUCAAAGUGGCGCACAAUGUUUCAUUAUUAAACAUUAUGCUGGAACUGUUUUAUACAAUAUUGAUGGUUUUUGUGAGAAAAAUCGUGAUACACUUUAUAAAGAUCUUAUUACGCUGAUGCAACAAAGUAAUCGGCAAUUUUUCAAGCAACUUUUUCCCGAAAUAGUAUCGUCUAGUGGUAAGAAGCCAACAAGUUUUUCAUCAAAAAUUAGGAAUCAAGCAAACGAUCUUGUUGAUUCACUUAGCAAAUGCGCUCCUCAUUAUGUACGUUGUAUUAAGCCAAAUGAUACUAAGCGAUCACUGGAGUGGGAUGAAAAACGUGUUCUGCAUCAAGUUGAAUAUUUGGGUUUAAAGGAAAAUAUCAGAGUUCGACGUGCAGGUUUUGCCUAUCGUCGUGUUUUUCAUAAAUUCCUUUAUCGUUAUGCUAUUCUUACUCCAAAAACAUGGCCCAGUUAUCAUGGUAAUCCUCGGGAAGGAGUUGAGAUCAUUUGUCAAACGGUAAAUAUGGAUCGUGACCAGUAUCAAAUGGGUAGAUCAAAAAUUUUCAUUAAAAAUCCGGAAUCGCUUUUCCUUUUGGAAGAAAUGCGUGAAAGGAAAUAUGAUAGUUAUGCACGUGUAAUUCAAAAAGCAUUCAAGAAAUUCACUGCUUGUAAACGACACACAAAAUUAAAGGAAGAUGCAUGUAAAUUAUUCUUGAAUAAAAAAGAAAGACGACGUUAUUCAAUAAAUCGUAAUUUUAUCGGUGAUUACAUUGGUAUCGAAUAUCAUCCGGUAUUACAAGCAUUGGUCGGAAAGAAGGAACGUAUUAUUUUUGCUGCUACCAUUAAUAAGUAUGAUCGAAGAUUUAAGGUCUCAAAAAUUGAUUUUCUCAUAACAGCAAAUAAAAUUGUUCUCAUUGGGAGAGAAUUGGAAAAGAAAGGAUUAAAUAAAGGAAAAAUUAUUGAGGUUUUGAAACGACAAAUUAAUUUUAAUGAUAUCGAUAAUAUUGGAUUAAGUCCAUAUCAGGAUAAUUUUAUUAUUCUCAAUGUUCAUAAUUCAUAUACAUCACUUUUGGAGACACCGCUAAAAACGGAAUUAAUAAAUGCAAUCAACAAACGAUAUUAUGAUAGAGCUGAUGGACGAAUUUUACCAUUAAAUUUCAAUACUUCUCAUCAAAUUAUCUUGAAGAAAACUCAAUUUGGUGGUGGUUCUCGAAUUAUUAAAUUUUCAAAAAAUGAUAAUGGAUCAAACAGUACUCAGUUAUUUCCAAAAGGAAAAAUUUUAUUCGUAUAUAUUGGACCUGGUUUAUCCAGUAAUGCAAAACCAACUGAUGAAAGAAUAACGAUGAAAGGACAUUAUGAAAAACAUAAAAUGUUUUCUCUAACACAUCGAACAUCUUCUUUAUCAACACAACACGUAACUACGUCUAAUCGUGUAUAUCCAUUGAUAAAUAAUAAUCACACAGAUAUUAAUAGAAAUAAUGGUACCACUACUCAUUUACAGAAUGCAAUAUGUCGACAUCCGGAAAAACCUAAGCCACCAUUAAAACCAAGAUUCCUUCCUCUUGUUGAAGCAUUAUAUUCGUAUGAAGCUCAAGAUACUGAUGAAUUAUCAUUCCUUGCUGGUGAUAAAUUUGAACUUGUGAAUAAAGAUUCCUCUGGUUGGUGGCAGGGCAGAAUGAAGAAUCGGACGGGCCUCUUUCCGGGAAAUUAUGUCAGGGAAUUGUAA